GGUCACUUUCUCCUUGCUCUCUCUAUCGACACGAGCGGCAAAAAGGUUUCCCCUCUUCCCGGCUAACAGUGGUGAAUGGCGAAGGAGAGGGGGAAUGGUGUGGUGGUGACUGGGGUUCUUUUGGCCUGCAUUUUGGCCGGGGAUCCAGGUGGUGUCGGUGGCAUCACGGACGAGACUGAUGCUUCUUCUCUCAACAUCCUUUUUACCAGCCUAAAUUCGCCAUCUCAGCUAACAGGUUGGGUUCCAAGUGGUGGUGAUCCCUGUGGGGAUUCAUGGCUGGGUGUUACAUGCACAGGCUCCGCUGUUACAGCAAUCAAAUUGUCAGGGUUGGAACUUGCUGGGACACCUGGCUAUAAUUUGGCAAGCAUGUCUUCGCUAGCUGAGCUUGACAUGAGCAAUAAUAAUCUUGGAGGUGGAGACCCAAUACCUUAUAACCUUCCACCAAACCUCCAGAGUUUAAACUUUGGAGGUAACCAAUUUGGUGCAAAUAUACCUUAUUCAAUCUUCCAGAUGGUGACACUUAAGUAUCUAAAUCUUGCUCAUAAUCAACUACAAGGAAACCUGAGUGAUAUGUUUGGAAGCCUUUCUAAUCUCACAACAAUGGACUUGUCCUUCAAUCAACUUACUGGUGAACUUCCACAGAGCUUUAACAACCUAUCAAGUUUGACAACCUUGUAUUUGGAGAACAACCAGUUUACAGGCCAGAUAGAUGUCCUUGCGAAUCUUCCCCUUCAAGAUUUAAAUGUGGCAAAUAACCUCUUCACCGGAUGGAUUCCUGAUCGGUUAAAAAAGAUAAAUAAUCUUCGUACUGAUGGUAACUCAUGGAGCUCAUCACCCGCACCUCCACCGUCACCUUAUAGAUCUCCUCCACCAGGCCAAAAAAGCAACCCAGGCCAACAAUCUGAUGGAAGUAACCAAUCAUCAGGCGGUGGAGGUGGGAAUAACUUUAAUAUUGGUGCUGGGACAACAGCAGGAAUUAUUAUAUCUAUUUUGGUCAUAGGCGGAAUAAUUGCAUUCUUUUUUAUGAGGAAGAAAUUACGAAAAUCUUCGAGGGAAAAUGUUCUAAAAAAGGAUCAGCCUUUUGCCCCUCAUGCUUCAGAUGAUGCUAAAGGGAUGAAGACAAUCCAGACAUCCUCUACAGAUACAGUGACAUUCUCGCCACUAGCUCCCAUAACCCUUAAACCUCCACCGAUAGAAAGGCACAAAUCACUGGGUGAAGAUGAUUUCUCAAACAAGCCUGUUGUGAAGAAGGAUAAUACAACAGCAAUAGCAGUGACUGUUUAUUCCGUAGCAGAUUUGCAGAUUGCUACAGACAGCUUCAACAUAGAUAAUCUUGUAGGUGAAGGCCUUUUUGGUCGUGUUUACAAGGCACAAUUUAGUGAUGGAAAGGUUAUGGCUGUGAAGAAAAUAAACUCUUCAGCUCUUCCUCACCAGUCAUCAGAUGACUUCAUUGAGCUGGUCUCGAAUAUAUCUAAUCUGCAUCACCCAAAUUUGAGUGAACUUGUAGGCUAUUGCUCUGAGUAUAGACAACAUUUGCUGGUAUAUGAAUAUUACAAGAAUGGUCCAUUACAUGAUCUGCUUCACCUCUCAGAUGAAUACAGCAAGCCACUGAGUUGGACUGCCCGUAUCAAGAUAGCCCUUGGUACUGCACGAGCAUUAGAGUAUCUCCAUGAGGUUUGCUCACCAUCUCUUGUCCACAAAAAUUUCAAGUCUUCCAAUAUCUUAUUAGAUGUGGAUCUCAACCCACACCUUUCGGAUUGUGGGUUGGAAAGCCUUGUACCUGAUGCAGAAUUCCAGGCAUCAGAUCAGAAUAUGGCAUCCGGAUAUGAUCCACCUGAAGUUUCCAUGUCUGGCCAGUAUACUUUGAAGAGUGACGUGUACAACUUUGGCAUUGUUAUGCUUGAACUUUUGACUGGGCGGAAACCUUUUGACAGCUCAAGACCGAGGCCAGAGCAGUCACUGGUUCAGUGGGCAACUCCCCAGCUCCAUGACAUUGAUGCACUGGAUAGGAUGGUUGAUCCAGUCCUCAAGGGGCUAUACCCUGCAAAAUCGCUGUCUCGGUUUGCUGAUGUUAUAGCCCUGUGUGUCCAGCCUGAGCCCGAGUUCCGGCCACCCAUGUCAGAGGUCGUGCAAGCCCUAGUCCGCCUGGUUCAGAGGGCUAACAUGAGCAAGAGAAUGGUAGGUGGGGAGAUGCAGGAGACGAGCCGAGCUGAUGAACAUGUUACUCGUCCCGAUGUCAGCUGUGGGCACAUCACCUUCCUUCUGCACUGAGGCAAAGACAUGAUGGUUUGAUUCCACCAGUGGCAAGGAUAUUGCAUCAAAACUUCGUCCUUGUACCGUUGUAUUUUUCUUCUUUUUUCUCAAUUUUGAUGAAGGGAAAAGACUGAUCUCCCUUCAGGAAUUCAAGCAAAAUGCAGAUGCUUUCUUGAGCGGUU